AUGAUCGGUAGCCGAGUUUUGUGGCUCUCUGACAGUAAACCAGCUGAGCAAAAUAGUGCGAAUACAAAGAAGAAGAUAUCCAUAUUGGAUUUGAAGGACAAAGACUUUGAAGAAAUGCCUGUCGAAGGGAUUGAUUGGGAUCAGCUGAGUCAAGAGGAGAAGGAUCACAUUCGAAACUGGUCAACAAGGCGACAAAAUGAACUACAACAAAUUGUGGAUAACCUUCAGUCAGAAUGUUUCUUAACCCCCAUUGGCACCGACCGUACUUACAGACGAUAUUGGUGGUUUAGAUCAGUUCCUGGAUUGUUUGUAGAGGAUUCAAAAGUUCACAGCUGGACAGUACCUCGAUGCUGUCUGUUGCCCAUCAAACAGAAUGAAACAAGAAUUGAAAUGAGUCUUAGGGCGGCACUUAGUGGGAACAAAAUUGGUUCAAGUAAUGAACAGAAAAGUACCAACACUAUUGAUAAAUAUUUUAUUGCUGACAUCAAGAAAGAAAUUACAGAAACUGUUAAUUCUAAUAAAUCAACGUCCAAUGAAACGACGGCAACUAAUUCUAAAACGUUGUCAUACAUGAAUGUUAAUGAACAAUUGAGAAUUAGAAAUACUGUUGAAUGGUCUGCUUUUAAUAGCGCCCAACAAGUAGAUGCUCUCAUUGAAAGACUCAAUAGAAGAGGUUACAGAGAGAAUUUGUUGAGAACCUACCUUAUCAACAACCGUGAUAAAAUUGUUAUUAGUUUUAGCACAAAUGCUAAUGAUAGUAGCAAUUUUUCAACAAAUAAAAGCGACAUUAGCAAUAACAUCGUUGAACACAUUUUUGAUUGGUUAUUGUGUGAACAAAGGUCAAUUACAUCAAAAAAUGCUUCUUGUGAUGAGAGCAAACCUCUGGUAAAUGAGUCAGCUGAUCAUAACAAUGUUGAUGCAAAGCAUAAAGUUAACAAUACAAAGUCUAAAAAAAGUUGUGUUGAACAUUUUGGAGGUAUAGCUGGUGAAUUGGAAUUGAUGAGGUGUGUUGCAGACAUGUUGCUUGAUCUGGAAGAAAGAAUAUUUGCUGGAAGUCUAGGCCAACUAAAGGAUUUAGAUAGAGAUUUAUGGAGAAAGGAGUUGGAAUGUACAGAUGAGCAGAUGAAAGGUGGUCAAGCAGGUUUGAAAGAUGAACAACCUUGUAUGUACAGUGGCAGUAAUAGUACGGUUGAUGAUGACAUUGAUGUUGAUGAUGCACAAAUGAGAUUCAACAAGAAAAACUUGAAAAAGAUGAUGAAGAUGAUGGUCGAUAUACAACAGAUGAUUGAAGAGAAAUAUCUCUUGCCUCCACUUGCUGAAUUUCUUAAAAUAGGUGAAAAUGAAGAAACUAAGUUGAAACGAACAAAAGUACUUGAACAGCAACAACAAAUUGAACAACAGGAUCAAUAUCAUUUGGUACAAGCAAAUUAUGGAGAUGAAAUGGACACCAAUACUAAUCAUGUUUUUAAAGGAAUGGAUAUCAAAUCAAAAAAUGGUUACACAAUAGGCAGCCUUACUUCACUUAACAACUCUACAAAUAAGCUUUUAAAUAAAAGUUGCGUUUCUGGUGGCGAUGUUUCACACAAUGGGUUUAACAUUAAUAGUAUCAGCAACAAUUGUGAUACUUUCAAUAAUAUAAACUGUCUGACAAAUGACUACUCAGGCAACGUCAACAUUUGUAACGACAGUAAUGUUAACAGCAGCAACCAUUUUAAUAACAGUAGUAAUCUAUUUAAGUGGUUGAGUUGUGUAGAGGGCUCUAACAACUUUUCCCACUUGUAUCUCUGUACAGUUCUUCUUGAUAUGAGCAUUGCUUGGAGCAAGUCAGCUUUAAAUGCUCGAUGCAAAAUUUGCAGAAAGAAGAAGGAUGCUGACUUGAUGUUGCUCUGCGAUGGUUGUGAUCAAGGACACCACAUGUACUGCCUAAAACCUCCUCUCAAAAAAAUUCCUGAAGGCGACUGGUACUGCCCUAUGUGCCGACCAAAAGAAUUUUCUAUCGUCGUCUGUCCUCGCAAAGUGACUGAAAACAUAAAGUACGAAGAUUUAGAAUCUGAUUGCGAUGAUGAGGCUAAUGAAUCUUCUGCUGCUACCAAUAAUGUUGCAGAAACUGGCAACGAUGGAAUAUGGGCUUUGGCCGAUCAGGAUGAUAAAACAAGUUCAGAGUAUGUUGGACUCAUUCUUUCCACAAUCUUAUUCGUGUACAAUGUUGAUAUAUAUUGA